AUGGCUCCAGGUACCGAUACGUCCCCUGGUUGCGGUGGUGAAUUUGAAAACGGGGUUUUCAAAGAAAAUAAAAAUAUACCCUUUAUAGAAGAGGAAAAUCAUGAGGAAUAUGAUAACUCAAACCAGGCAAAACCAGGGCGGCCACCUCGAAAUCUUCCUGUCAUGCGCCAUUGCAAUAGCCAAGCAAUGUUGGUAGGUACUUCAAAAUUGUCUCCAUCAGGUGAGAAUUCUGGAUUUUUACCUGCCUUCCGCUCGGGCAGCUGUUCUGAGAAGGGACCAAAGCAAUAUAUGGAGGAUGAGUAUGUUUGUGUCGAUAAUCUUUGUGAGCAUCUUGGCGCGGUUGACAGUUUUCCUUCUCCUGGAGCAUUUUAUGGGGUGUUUGACGGUCAUGGUGGGGUUGAUGCUGCAUCUUUCACCAGAAAGAACAUCCUUAAAUUCAUUAGUGAGGAUGCCCAUUUCCCAAGUGGGGUAAAAAGAGCAGUCAGGAAUGCUUUUAUUAAAGUUGAUCAUGCACUGGCCGAUGCUAAGUCUCUUGAUCGUUCUUCUGGUACUACGGCUCUGACCGCUCUUAUUUUAGAACGGACUAUGAUAAUUGCUAAUGCUGGGGAUUCCCGGGCUGUGUUGGGGAAAAGAGGAAGAGCUAUCGAACUGUCAAAAGACCACAAACCUGAUUGUACCUCCGAAAGGCUGAGGAUAGAAAAGCUCGGGGGUGUCAUUUGUGAUGGCUAUCUAAAUGGCCAACUCUCAGUUGCUCGUGCUCUUGGUGACUGGCAUAUAAAGGGCUCUAAAGGUUCAAAGUGCCCGUUAAGCCCUGAACCAGAGCUGGAAGAGGUGGUUAUAACUGAGGAAGACGAGUUCAUAAUAAUUGGUUGUGACGGUUUAUGGGACGUGAUGAGCAGCCAAUGUGCAGUAACUAUUGUAAGGAAGGAGCUGAUGCUGCAUAAUGAUCCCGAUAAGUGCUCCCGAGAGCUUGUGAGGGAGGCACUCAAACGCAACACCUGCGACAAUCUAACAGUUAUCGUGGCUUGUUUUUCUCCCAAUCCUCCACCUCGGAUUGAAAUUCCAAAAUCACAUCGGAGGAGGAGCAUAUCUGCUGAAGGGCUAGAUCUUUUAAAGGGUGUCUUGAGUAAUAUCUAA